ACACGUACAGUGUAUUGGCAGGUCUCUUAAAUGACAUAGCGUGGCAGUUCUGCAUUAACCUACACAGGAUGAGUCAACCGAUAUCUCUUGAUUUGUUUUUUGUUAAGCCUUACGUUUCAGCAUUUCAGACGCCCCGACUGGGACUGACAAGCUGGACCCCUCCCCACCCCCGGGUGCACUGUUAGGGAGAAGAUCUAGAGUAGAGUAACCUGCUGAGUACAACGACCUAGAGGCGGUGGAGCAUUUCGUCACAGGUGCCGAAUCACAUUACGGUCCAGGGGCGGAGGGGGCGGUACGCACGGCCAACGUUUAUAUCACUCGUCAUUGCUCGAACAUGGAAUUAGAUCUCAGCUAAAUCCGUGGCCUUAAUAAAGAAAGUCCGAUUUCUUUGGACCGAGGAAACUUCGGAAAUAAUCGGACGUCCGCUGUGAGUCUCUUGUUGAACUUAAAAAAGCAAAAUAAGCUGGAUUAUAAUGGAUUUGUUGGAGAGUUGUAGACCGCUGGGUUAGCCCUAAUUUAAUCCAUGGGAGUUUGUUUGUCUACUUUCUCUAACUUAAGAUUUACACAGAUAAUGUAAACACUGUGUAUUACACAGGAUACCCACUCCGUACGGAGGAGUGACAGGGCGGAUAGACCGUGUUCAACCUUACACUAGGAGCAAACAGCGACUUACAACCGUACCCAUGUGGUCAAUAUCUCGUUUUUUAAAUUUUAUGGUGUAAACUUCAGUAAAUAUUGUUCAAAAUGUAUGCUUUGUCACUAUGGAUAGUGUGUUUUAUUUCGGUGUCCCCGGUAAUUUCGGAAAAGCAUGAAAUCCAAAUCGUGGACAAUGGCUACACGGGAGUGAAGGUGGUCAUUUCUGACAAGGUACCGGAGUCUGCUGGACUUGUCGACGGAAUUAAGACAGCCUUCACCGAGGCUUCGAAAGUGCUGUACUCCGCCUCCAAGAACUUUGUUUACUUCAAAGAGAUCACUAUUGUUGUUCCGAAAUCCUGGUCCGCGUCCAGCCAGUACACGACCAUUUCCGGUUCUGCGUCAAGCAGCAUGGACUUUUUGGUGGACAAGGCAAAAGCGGAAACAGGAAACACGCCAUACGUCCACGGACUGACAGCGUGUGGUGGACAAGGGCAGUAUGCGCAUAUCACACCGGAACUGAUGAUCAACUCUCAGUCAAUAGGAUAUGGUCCUAUUGAAAAGAUUCUGGUCCACGAGUGGGCUCACCUAAGAUGGGGAGUGUUUGAUGAGUACCCUUCCGUGGAACAGCCGGACAUUGACGAAAUAGAGAAAUUCUACAACGAGGACGGUACAUGGAAACCAAUCAUGUGUACGGACAAGAUCCUAGGACUAAAUCUUCGAGAUUGUAGGAAUUCUCGGUCACGGUGUUUCACCGACCCCGACGGCAAACCGGAACCAGACUGUCAGUUUUGUGUGCAGGCUCCGAACACCGCUAAGGCGUCGCUCAUGGCUUAUCAGUGGAUAUCAUCCGUAGUGGAAUUUUGUGACGAGGACACCGCGUCCGUGAACGAAGCAUUACGUCAUAAUUCACGUGCUCCUAAUGACCAAAAUCGUUUCUGUGGCCAGCGAAGUGUCUGGGAGGUGAUGAGGACACAUUCAGAUUUUAAUGCUUCCAACAGUGCUGGUUCCGGGACGCAGGCUACCACUCCCGUGUUCAAUGUGGUCCAGGAAGGGGAGAUACGGUUGGCUCUCGUACUGGACAUAUCUAACAGUAUGAACGCCCAGAUUGCCGGGCCUUCAAGACUACAGUUGCUACAGGACUCUGUUGGCCAUUUUCUUACGUACGCAGUCCCAGAUAACUCCGAUGUUGGGAUCGUCACAUUCUCCUCCAGUGCCCAGAUCGUCACUUCCAUGACCACAGUGACGUCAGACGCCAUACGUCAGAGCCUCGUACAGAAUCUGCCUUCAACGGCGUUUGGUUAUACAGCCAUUGGCGAUGGUCUACUCAAAGGACUUGAGGUUCUUAACACGACAGCAAACCUGAAAGGAAGUAUCAUCAUUUUGGUAACGGACGGGAAGGAAAAUCGGCGGCCCUUAGUAGCAGAUGUCUUACCACUCCUCGUGAGUUCCGGUGUCACGGUCCAUUCACUGGCUAUCAGUAGCGGUUCAGACAGUCAGCUGACCUCCAUCUCCCAGGUUACCGGCGGAAAGAGUUACUUCUAUUCUGAGAGUAGUACUUCCACGGUGCUACAUGACGCGUUCGCUGGGAUGUUGGAAGAGUCUAAUGUUCCAGUACAGAUUGAUAGCCAGAGUGUAACGGUACAGGGUGGCAGUCCGGUGACGGGACAGUUCUAUGUUGACUCUACUGUGGGACUUAAGACCGUCCUUCAGGUCAUGGUCAACGAUACGUCCAGUGUGUCUGUCCGAGUGUCCGGGCCGGACGGCACGACGUAUACCGACACAAGCGGCCCUUUCGUCACCUCAAUUACCAGAAAUGUGGCCAUCAGUGGCACAGCGGCGGCCGGGCGGUAUACAUACACAAUAACGUCUGAUACAGACCUAAAAGGCACAUUAAGCGUACAGUCCGGACGGACGGACACCGCCUCGGACGGUCUCAUUGUACGAUCAUGGACAUCGGGCACACAGUACAGUUACGGACAAAACUCGACCUUCAGGGUAUAUGCCUCUGUGCUCCGGAACAAAUCCCCAGUAUUGAAGUCAAGGAUCACUGCUAAUCUGGAGAACGAGGACGGCGAAACAGCAACUAUAGACCUAAAGGACGAUGGUGUCGGGUCUGACCUGACAGCUGACGAUGGCGUGUACUCCGGUACUGUCCUUCCCAAGUACGUGACCCUUGACGGCCGUCUCAGCGUCAAGGUCACAGCUGCCAACACAGACGGAACGGCCAAGGUACUGACGGCUACUUCCGGGAGCGGUGCGGCUCCCCUCAGCGGAAGUGGAAACACGGUAACCAUUGGCAACCAGGAAAACUUCCAGCGAGUGUCCCAAACUGGUGAGAUGAUAGUUCAGAACUAUGUUCCUGGCGCAAUAUCCGACGUCAUACCUCCGGCCAAAAUCACCACCCUCGUACUGACGUCAAUUGACGACACUUCCGGUGUCGUACAGGUCACAUGGAAAGCUGUCGGUGAUGACGUAGAUGAUGGAACAGCCACUCUGUACGAUGUCCGAUUGUCAACCGACAUAAACUCUUUGAUGACAAACCCUGGGAGCGCUUCACAACUGACAUCCCAGGUACCUACUCCGAAAGCUUCUGGACAAACAGAAACAUAUACUUUCACACUUCCGGUCCUGGCCCGUGACAGUAGGACAUACUACUUGGCUGUUCGAGCCACGGACAACAGUCAAAAUACCGGGGAACUGUCCAAUAUAGUUUCCUUAUCUCUCGUGACUGAUGUCAACUGGCUCCCGACCACAACGACACCUACCACAAGUACUAGAGCCACCACCGUCGUCCCUAGAUCGACGCGCAAUUCUGACCAGUCUGUUCUGAUUGGUCUUUCAACAGCAGCAUGUAUAGCUGCAAUUGGUCUUCUUUUAUUAGCUAUAAGCAUGUCGUGUUGUUUUGGUAAAUGGAAAAGAGUAACGUCGCGAGGACGUUACCCAGAUGACGUAGAGUCUGGUUACACGUCGUCAAGGCGAAACACCCGAGGGAACCGGUCGAGACGAAAGAGGGGUUAUUCCAGUCAACACGCAGACGAUAUACGAGAUUACAAACGAAGUCGACAUAAACGAGAUUAUAUGGACGUGUACUCAGUACCAGAUCUCACUCCGUACGACUUUCCAUACAUAAAACAUGGCUCGGCCUAUAGUAAUAGUAUACCAUACAACAUGUAUAGGUAAACUACCCAAUACAACAGAAACAUCGUCUUACACAUACUACAUUUAAAAGUAUGAUAUACUGAGGAAUUUGUAUUCUUCAAUUUCGUUGAUCUCGCCCGAUUAAAUUUGCUCAACCUUUAGGCUUGGAGGGCUGUCGAGAAGCUGGCGAAUAAAACGUUGGAUAGUUUAGAUGACUGUCUGUCAGCAGAAAUUGUAUGAAGAGAAAGGUCUUGAUUUGAGUAAUGUACGUCUGAUAUCCAUUAUAUUACAUUAUUUCCAAUACAUUCCAUAAUUAUCAGUUUGUGAAAGUAUACUAGAGUGCGUGUUUGUGUAUAACAUGACAUAACAUAUGUGAUAUAGUGAUGUUAUAAGUGUAAGGGUAUGUAUGAUGAUUUGUGAUACAUUUUGUAAGUUUAUAUAAUAUAUUAAAUAUGAAACAAUAAAAGCCUACA